AUGACGGAGGGUCUCACAAAGGAGUUCUUCGACAAAACUGAAACCGAUGAUACUCUGCAGAAUAUCAGGAAACAGUAUUUGGCUUCCAAGCAAAAUCUGCGUGAGUUGAUGUUGAAGCAGUCCACAAAUAACGGUUCACAAAAUGCAUCUCCUGUACGAAUAAAACCAUCCCUGCUCCAUCCAACUCAAGCUCCUUCUGUUCAAAAGCAGCACAAAUUGCAACAACAGCAACAACAGCAACAACAGCACCAGCACCAGCACCAACCGUCGUUCGCCCACUUCCAUGCUCCAGUUCCCGCCGAUGACAUUAUUGUGUUGAACGAACUGCGAUCAUUGAAAGCAAUCGUCAGUAAUCAACAGUGUCAGAUCACUAGGCUGAGUAAUGAUCUCCAAUUGACCCAAAGACUGAACUUUCAACUGCAGGAUAAAGUUUCGAAAUUGCAGACUCAUAUCUCGUAUAUAGAAAACGAUAUGAUCAAUCACAUCGGUGAAUCAAGGAUCCCUGCACCAUCUACAUCAGGAAUGAACACCACGAACAUCACCACUCCCGAUUACGCAGAAUUAACUCCCUAUUUAACUGCAUCGGUUGAGGAUAAUACAACAAGAUUAAUUCAAAUGACGAAACCUAGAUAA